GGGCAGCAUGGAGGGUUGGGCUGUGAGGUAUAGACAGUGUGUUGGGGUGCCAGGUUUGACCAGCGGCUAAGAGCUGUUGCUCUCCCGAGGGUAUUGCUUUUGUUUGGUGGGAGUCUCAGGGUACUAUGCUUUGGCUAUCUAAUGUGCUUCGAGGUUAGUUGUUGUGAUUUUGUUGCUAUGGAAUUGAUGUACUGUCUUUCUUAUUGCACCCAACUAGUUCAGCUUGCUGACUUGGUUUAGGAUGAGACCCUGGACACAUUCAAGUUUAGCAAAGCCAUUGGUAUUUUAUGCCUCUGGGGACUAUGGCUAAUGGUUGUAAAUUUGACUUUAAUUUUCUAGUAUGAGGUAUAAAUAAGUACGUGUUUGCUGGUUUGAGUACGAGGUACCUAUAUAUGUUCUAAAGUUCAAAAAGGUGCUGAUCUGACUAUAAUAUUGAUCUGAGUAUAUGGCUUCAAUGUUUUCGGUUUGAGCAUAUGGCUUGAAUGUUAUUGAUUUCUUAUUGAUGUUGGAUUGCAACAUGGCUCUUAGGUUGAAACUUGCUUUAUAAUGAACUCAUCUCCUUAUUCAGACUCUAAAGUACACUCACAAUUGUUCAAUUUGACAACACACUCCUAAUGGUGCCGGGAUAUCAUGAAGGCAAAUGGGGAUGCUAGCUAGUGACUAUAUACCAACAUUUAAGGCAAAUUCCUUAGCAUCAGAUCUUGACAGCAGCACAAUCUAUCAACACUUUUCCCCGACCAGGUGAAGUGGAUUUCAUCAUUGCUGUGUCAGGCACAAUCAGAGUUCAACGAGUGAUGUUCGAUGCAUAAUGAUAUUGUUGCUUUUAUCCUUUGUUGAUUACUUAAGGCCCAAGUUCCUGCUAAUUGAAAACGUCAGGAAUCUCAUUUCAUUUGAUAAUAUGAAGCCAUUUCAGCUAACCAUAGCUUCACUUCUUGAAAUGGGUUAUCAGGUGAGGUUUGGAGUCCUGGAAGCGGGUGGUGUAGCACAAUUUGGGACUGGUGACUAUAUUUUGGUUCCAUAUAUAACAAGUUCGGCCCACUGCAAUAUCUUGGAGCUAAGGCAACAUUGGCAACACUACUUCGUACAUUUUUUCUUCCUUUCGGUAUGACAACGGGUGACCAUUACAACAGUAUGUUUGGAGGCAACUUUUGGCCUUAUGGUAGAGUUUUAUGGACUUGGGAAUUAAGAUUCUUUGAUUUGGUCAUUGAUUUUUGGCUUAGGAACAUAAGGUUGAAUAUGUAUUGUUUUUAGCUUUAAUUCUAGUGUUGGUUUAGGACAUUAUAUUGAAGGUCAAGGCACAUUUGCAAUCAUAGUUUUAGAUUAGAUUUUUUAAUUUGGUUCUGAGUUUGCUUGGUGUAAUUUGUAUAUCUUUUCGAGGGGCUUAGGACUUUGGUUCCGUUUUCCCCUUUUAAUACACUUUUUUAAUCGAAGACUUUUUUUUUCUUAUUUAAUUAUAUUUGUAUGAGUGUACACACUUAUUUGUGUGCAUAUAGUUUUUUUUAUUUUUUAAAAUAGAUAUUUGUGACACUUAUAUGUGUGGUGCUUUCCCAACACAUAGACAAUAAUAAAUCAAUAAAUCAUAUUUGAACAAUUCAACACUAACACACAAACAAUUCAACACUUAUAAUAUAACUUAAACAUUCAACAAACAUGGAAUUGAAAAUAAACAUAUUUAAAACUGACAAUCAAAUUCACAAAUUGAGAAACUUAUAAAUUGGAAAGUCUUAAUUAAGGAAUGAAAUUAAAAAGGAGAAAAUUGCUCCCCUGAGUUUCUUCUUUGCUGGUUAAUGGUGCGAGAAACAGAGUCGUGCAAAGUGCCCGCUAAGCUCAGCAGCCGUCCGUCCAAUCCUCCGUCUAUGCAGUCGCCGGAAUCCAUGGCCGAAUUUGUCUUCGUCGGAAUCCAUGGCCGGACCUAGGGCCGAAACCCUAGGUCGGCUUCUCCUCUGCUCUCGCGUGUUCUUCUCGUCUCAAUCCCCCCUUCUGGCCUCCGUAUCUCCUUUAUUAAUAGAGCCACAAUUUGAGUUGUAUUGGGAUUCUCUUUCUGGACUUCAUCCGAGACUCCAUUUCUUCUUUGCCAU